AUGAACAACCUUCUUCAGAAUCUUCUAGUAAUGUCUGACGGUGCCGCAAAGUCGCCUGAUGAAGGCAAGAAUAACAACCAAAAUAAGAAUCGAAACCAAGGAGGAAAUCGUGGAAGAGGAGGCUCUAACAACAAGAAGCAUGGCUCUUCUCGCCAAGCACCUCGUCAACCUACAAAAGUUGAUAUGAAAAAGUACGAGAGAAUGAUUUCCGCAGCACAUACCAACUUCUCUGAUAUUCCUUGCGGCACCAAAUCUGUCGAUUGUGAUAUUUGCUGUAAGAAGAACGAUGUGUUUGGAAUCGGUCCGUGUCGCCAUCCAGUUUGUGCAGAAUGUGUUAUUCGUAUGCGAGUGCUUGGAAACUCGAAAACAUGUCCAGUCUGUCGAGCUGACAUCGAUGAACUGUCCUUCUGUACUGUAGAUGAUGAUCUCGCAUCGGUCAGCCUUAACUUCAAAAAGUCUGGACAUCCCGAUGAAGAUCGUUUUGGAAUUAGAUUCAGUAACAAAGUGGCAGGAACCAAAUAUGAGAAGUAUUUGGCUCAUGUUUGCAAGAUUUGCAAAACAGAUGAUGGUGAACGUCUGGAAUUUCCGUCGUUCAUGUCUCUCCGACAGCAUAUGGCCAAUCGGCACGAGCAAUCAUAUUGUCACAUUUGUACCGACAACCUGAAUUUAUUUUCGCGAGAGAGGAAGACAUACACAAGGGAUCAACUUCAAAGGCACAUGAGAAGUGGAGAUUUUGAUGAUAAAAGUUUCAAGGGACAUCCGCAAUGCCUUUUCUGUGAACAGAAAUUCUUGGAUGAAGAGAAUCGUUACCGUCAUCUUCGCAAGGAACACUUCUUCUGUCAGUUCUGCGAAUCGGAUGGAACAAUGACCAAUGUUUUCUUCGGAAAGCACGACGAACUCAAAAGGCACUAUAAAGAUCAUCACUACAUUUGUGAGACUGAAGAAUGUAAGCAGAUGGGAAUCGCAUUUGCCAACAAGUUUGAACUUGAUCUGCACAGAGCAAAUGAGCAUUCAGAAAGGAGAAAUCUUAUUGAACUUGGUUUUGGGCAACGACCACCAGUUGAUACGGCGAGACCGGUCGGAAGAGGUCGCGGUGCUCCUCGAUACAAUGAGCCUCCUCCGCCCGUACCUCGAGAAAGAAUUGCAGUCGUUCAGAGACAAGUUGAAACCAAUCCUCAAAGCGAUCCCAGCGAGUUCACCACUGUGAGAUCUGCUCAGAGUAAAGGAGUUUUCACGAGCACCAGAUCUGCUUUCACGCCUAGUCAAGUUGAUUUUCCAAGUCUCGCCCCACAGGCGCCACCGCCGAGCAUCCGUUCUUCUGAAUUCCCUCGUUUGAAUAAAGUGAACAAGCCUGCAGCCGCUGCUCCAACUGUUGUUGAUCACUUCCCGUCUCUCGGAGAAACUUCAUCGUCUUCUGCACUUCCAUUGCGAAUCAAAGUUCCGCCGCUGGUGAAAAAGCGUCAGCCUCCACCACCAACAGAGAACAAACCAAAGCAAGCGCCUUCCAGAAAACAGACUCCUAGAGAAGACACUGAUGACUAUUCUAGAAGAGAUAUUCCACAAACCGUUCUCAAAGUCAACAAUAGAACAAUGAGUUUCGAUACUGUUGAUGACCGUCCAGUAACCACAGCAAAGUCGAAUAUUCAAAUGAUACAGCGAGUGGAGCAAAACACCAAUCAAUCGUCUUCCUCUUCCGCGAAGGCACCUAGAAUGCUGGAUUUUCCGUCUUUACCGGCUGCUUCUGUCCCAUUACCACCUGCAAACAGUUCCUGGCUGAAUAGUAAAAACAGUAAAAUUAAGUCUUCUGGAGCGAUUUCAAGUGUUGUUGUUCCUGCGAACUACUCCAAAGCUACACAGAAUCAGAAUAAGAAGAAGAACAAGGUGUCCGUACCGAAAACCGAAGUUUGGUCGUCUCUAGGCCCAGCUCCAGAAACUGUACCAUCUGCUGUGGUUACGGAUGAAUGGCAGGAUAUUCCGUUAUCCAAAGAAGCGCAGGCUGAGAAGGAGAAACAGGAGAAGAAGGUGGAGUGGGCACGACGGAAGGCGGAGAUUCAAGCAAGAGUCGCGGCUGCCACGAAGGAGAAAUUGGAAGCAGACCAAUCUGAAGUUGAACCGGAACCUGAGGUGCAAAGAUCAGUAACACCACCUGCAGCACAAAACCCCAAAAUUACGGACAACAAAAGUUCAGAAUGGUUUGUUGCUAAUUCGAAAACUUCUGCUAAACAAGGGGAUGCUAGCAGCAUGGCUCCGUCCACUCAGAAGAACAAAAAUAAAAAAAAUAAAAACAAAGGGAGCGCCGCUUCAAACUCCAUCCAGCAAGAUUCAGCUCCUCCAGGAAUCGCAGAACAACCUCCUAAGGUCCAACAGACCAAAAAAGUGGAGUCAGUGGUUCCAGAGCCGGCCAAAGAUUCCUAUCAAGAAAAAAUGGACGCGCUCUGGAACAUGCCCAAACUCCCUUCGAUGACAUCAAUGCUGUCGUCGUUUUCGAUUUCCAAUAUUUUCGGAAUGGGUGCUUCCACCGCAGAACCAUCAGUGAAUGCCGCUCCACCACCUGGACUAGAAAACGUUGUCUUGACUCCUCCACCAGGACUUGGGUUCCCUACUGCAACAAGCUCUAACGAGAUUUCAUUUGCUUCGGCUCCAAUGCUGUCGCAUGACGAUGUGAGAGAAAAACGAGAGCGAAUGAAUGAGGAUAGACGGAGAAAGCAGGAAGAGACUGAGAAGAAAGACGAUGGUUGGGUAACAACUGGAAAGACUGCAAACAACAAGAAGAACAAAAAGAAAUAA